AUGUACGAUCUCUUCGGGCUUUCUAUCUAUUACGUGCAGAGUGAUAAACAACAUCAGACAGGUUUAAAUUACGGGAAAACGUGGUUCUUCAAGAGCUAUCCACAUGUUCUGGCCUUUCUCUUCGCCAUUGAGGAGAUCAACAAGAACCCCUAUCUCUUCCCCAAACAGUCCUUGGGUUAUGAUCUCUACAAUGCCCUAAAAAGUGACCAUGAGACUCUGGAAAAUGCCCUGUUCUGGCUCUCUGGAGGGAAUCAGAUUGUCCCUAACUACAACUGCCAGAGACAGAGGAAAUCUGGCUAUUGUUACAGGAACAGUAUCUUGGUAGCAAAGUGGGAUAUUGUUUUGAAUGAGGUGGACAGCAUACUGCACUCUUCCCAUGGAAGUCUCUCCUUUUCACUCCAGAAGAGGGAAAUCCCAGGUUUUGAGCACUUUCUCAAGAAAUUUGAUCCUUCCCAAUACCCAGAAGACUUUUACUUCAGUAAAGUGUGGCUUCUCGGUUUUGAUUGUGCACUUGUUGGGUCACACUAUGGAAAAGUCAAUGACUGCCCACCAAAUUCUUCCUUAGAGUUUAUGGCAAUAAAUAUUGACAUGAUGACCAUGUCUGACUCCAGUUAUUUAAUCUAUAAUGCUGUGUAUGCAGUGGCCCACGUGCUCCAUGAAAUGCUUUCCAUGGAAACAGAAAUGGCAUCUCCAGAAGUAGACAAGCCCAUACUUCUUCCCUGGAAGCUUCACCCAUUCCUGGUUAAAAUCCAAUUUACAGACACUGCUGGGGAGCAUGUGUCCUUAGAUGAAAAAAGAAACCAUAUGGUAUGCCGUGAGUUUUCCAGGUGGUCUGGGCUCCUGGUUAAAGUGGGAGAGUUUGGCUCCAGUGGCCUAUAUGACCAAGGUUUAGUGAUCAAUGAUGAAAUGAUAGAUUGGCCUAUUAGAUUCAAAGAGACACCGAAAUCUGUGUGUAAUCUGAGUUGCAGUUCAGGAUUCAGAAAAAUUCCACAAGAAGGAUGGCGUAUUUGCUGCUUUGCUUGUGUUUUGCCUAAGAGACAUAUUUCCAACCACACAGAUGCAGAGCAGUGUGUCCAGUACUCAGACCAAGAGUAUCCAAACAGGGAGAGAAAUCGCAGCCUCCCCAAAGUUGUGACCUUCCUGGCCUACGAGGAUUCCUUGGGGAUGGCACUAGUCUGCAUGGCUCUGUGCUUCUGUGCCAUAACAGCUGGAGUUUUGUGGGUCUUUGUGCAGCACCGAGACACCCCCAUCAUCAAGGCCAAUAACAAGGCUCUCAGCUAUGUCCUGCUCAUCUCCCCCUGCCCCUUACUCUUCAUUGGCUGUCCCAACACAGCCACAUGCAUACUCAGACAAAUCACAUUUGCAGCUGUGUUCACUGUGGCUGUUGCCACUGCUCUGGCCAAAACACUUACUGUGAUUCUGGCAUUCAAAGCCAUGAAACCAGGAGGAACCAUGAGGAGAUUGCUAGUAACAGGAGCUUCUAACUAUGUCAUUCCCAUCUGCUCCCUCAUCCAAGUGAUUAUCUGUGGAGCCUGGCUGGGAACCUCUCCCCCUUUCCUUGAGAUAGACACUCAUUCUGAGCCCAAGAGCCUCAUCACUGUGUGCAUCAAGGGCUCCGUCACUGCCUUCUACUGUGUCUUGGGAUACCUGGGCUCCUUAGCUCUGGGGAGUUUCUCCUUGGCUUUCCUGGCCAGGAACCUACCUGACACCUUCAAUGAAGCCAAGUUCCUGACCUUCAGCAUGCUGGUGUUCUGCACUGUCUGGGUCACUUUCCUCCCAGUCUACCACAGCACCAAGGGCAAGGUCAUGGUGGCCGCAGAGAUCUUCUCUAUCUUGGCCUCCAGUGCUGGGCUACCGGGCUGCAUCUUUGCCCCAAAGUGCUACAUUAUUUUUAUAAGACCUGAGAAGAACUCUUUGAAAGGUUUAAGGAAUAAAAUAAAUUCUAAGAGAAAGAGGCAUUCAGGUUUAUCUCAUAACAAGUAUCACAUGGGAUUUUGGACAAUAAAACACUAA